AUGACUGACAUCAAACCCAUCACAGUCUACGGCAAGGGCGGCCCCAAUCCCCCGCGCGUAGCCAUCAUCCUCGCCGAACUGGAUCUCCCGCAUGAGAUCAUCACGGUGCCUCUAUCCAAGGUCAAGGAACCCGAUUAUGUCGCCAUCAAUCCCAACGGGCGCAUCCCCGCCAUCUACGAUCCCAACACCGACCUCACGCUGUGGGAAUCCGGUGCGAUCGUCGAGUAUCUCGUGAGCCACUACGAUCCCAACCACCGGAUCAGCUUCCCUGCGUGCUCCAACCUCGCCGCCCUGGCGACGCAGUGGCUGUUCUUCCAGGCCAGCGGCCAGGGCCCGUACUACGGCCAGGCGUCCUGGUUCAAGAAGUUCCACCCGGAGAAGAUCCCCAGCGCGAUAGAGCGCUACGUCGAAGAAAUCAAUCGCGUGACAGGCGUGCUGGAAGGCCAUCUGUCGCGCCAAAAGGUGGCAUCAGACGGGGAUGGUCCUUGGCUCGUCGGCGGCAAGUGCUCCUUUGCCGAUCUGGCGUGGAUUCCCUGGCAGGUCAUUGUCACGGCGAUUAUUCAGCCGGACGAUGGAUACACUAUAGAGGACUAUCCGCAUGUGAAGAACUGGUUGGAUCGCAUGAUGGCACGGCCGGGAGUUAAGAAGGGCAUGGCGGACAUCUUCCCUUCUACCUGA